CAAAGUUGGAAUAUGGGUUUUUAUGGUAACCAGACUGUCAUCAAAAGUGACGAAUACAUUAACGAUUUAUUACCAAAAGAAAUGGCACCUCAGCCACCAAAAAUAAAAUAUGUCUCGGGAUAUGCCAAACAGACGAGAGAAGAACUGAAGAGAAACAGAUAUCCCUACAAAACUAUGGGACCCCCCGAAGUAAGCCUGCCAUCCACAACCCAAUACCUACGGAAACACGCGAAUGAUUUUGACUACGGACAAGUGCCCAAGUAUCUCUACAACAGAAAACAAGAGGAGGAAGAACGAAAGGCAGGUGGGAUCAGGUCGGCUCAAAAUAAGGCCGAGGACAAUUCUCUACACACACUUUCCAGUCAUGAACAGAAAUCGAUAUUGAAAGGACUGACGGCAAAUUGGGAGGAGGUUUAUCGACAGUAUUUGGGACUGUCCGUGAUUAUUGACACAAUUCCUAAACGACUAAGGAAAGAAAGGCUGGAAAGUGAAAUGGAAUCACUGCAGAAAGACAUUGAGCUGUUUUCUCGUUAUAAAACAGUCUACAUUGCAGAUUGACAACUAAAACACUAAUAACACCAUUAACAUUCCACAACUCUAU